AUGACCUCAAACGAGUAUGACUUUACUGCUCUCAGGAAGCGGAAAAAGAGCGCUGAACCCUUUAGAGAUGCACCUUCUCUGCAUUCACAACAUUCACAACAAUCAUAUUCGCUCUGGAACUCAUCACAGGACAGAGAAUGGGAGCGGGAGCGAGGCGGAGGGUCGAUGAUGAUGCAGGUGCCGGAUUUUGCGGAUUUGGUCAACAAGCAAGCGGCGUCGUAUGAGCUUAUUGCGGACUCGUUGAAUGUCUUGAACCCUGCGCUGGUCAAGAAGAUGAAUGAUGGCAAGAAGAAGAAGAGGACAAAGAUAAAAGAGGCGCUGCUGUUUGCGAGGAGGAAUGGCAAGAACACGCUUUCUGAUUCGGCUAGUGGGAGGAGGAGUGAUGCGGUGGAUGAAGAGGAAGGGGAGGAGGAUGAUCCGUAUGGAUUGUCGAUUCAUGGGUUGCAGUUUGAAGGGGGCAGGUUGCCGUUGCCGUUGGUCUUGAAGCGGGCUGAGCUUGCGGUUGUGGAUCUGAAGGUACUUGUGGAGCAUUCGAGUUUACCGGAAGAGCCACGGUCUUUGCUGGUGAAGCACUUGGAGUCGUUUCAUAACCAGGCCAAGGUAACGAGUCGGAAAUUGCAGUUCUUGCAGGCGAGGGCCAAUGGGUGUGUGGAUGGGUUGGUGAUCAGGAAUGUGUAUCUGACGGUGGAGUUGGAUCGGUUGGAGGGGCAGAGGGAGAGGCUUUUGGGGGAGGGCGGCGAAGGGGGUAAUGGUGGUGGUAAGGGCGGUGUUUGGGGUCGUGUCAGGGAAUACUUUGCUGGCACCCAUGAUUUGGAGGUGGCAUCGAGCGAGAAGAAGCUUCGACAGCUGUACCAAGGCACGAUGGAGGAUGCGAGCAACCAUGUGCGAGAUCUUAUUCUGCAAGUCCAGGAUGUGCUCCAAAGUCUUGAUGUGAUGGACCAGACGCUCACCAACAUCCACGUACUGACAACCAAGGAACGGAGACAACAAAAGGAAGCCGAAGGCGAGGUGUUGUCAAAGUUAUGGGCACAGUUUGGAGGUCAUCGUAUCAAACGCACGAUGUACAAGGAGAAUUUGCACCUCCUUCAGGGUAUGGAUAGUGAGCGCAAGGCGACGGUGGGGCAGAUUCAGUCGGCGCUUUGGAAGUUGACGGAUUUUGAGGCUGAAAUUGGGGUGUUGAGGGAGGGGAUUGUACAUGCUGUUAUUGAUGGGGCCCUUCAGGAGACCUCAACUUCUUCUGAGAUGGGUGACGAUGCGGAGGAUACGAUGUCUGGUGGAGGAUCGCCAUUUGAGGAGACUGUGAAGGCUCCCCCGCCUCCUGAGACGACGUCGAAUAGGAGGAUGUCGACGGUUUCGUUGAGGGCGCAUAUUCAACAGAUUGAUCGGGUGACGAGUCGGUUGAAGGAACGGAGCUUUCUGGCGGAGGCUGUUAUCAAGUCUCAGGCGGACCAAAUUCCAGGUUCUAUGGAUGGGUCAUAUCCUCCUCCUUCUGUUCCUGGCGGUGGUGUUGUGGAAGGUGACAAGUCGCCUCAGUCGUAG